AAUCUAUGGUUAAAUUAAAUGUCAAAUUGUCAAAUGGUAUUUGUUUUGUUUUUAUAAAUAUACCUAUUAUUUUUACAACUUUUUAAAAAUCAAGAUAGUUUUUACUUUUCGUGAGUUUUUCGUUUUCCGCAAUCAAAUAGAAAUAUAUUACAAUUAAGAAUAUUUAAAUUGUUAAAUUUGGAUGGCCCAUAGCCGCUUUUGUGAAUUUGUGAACUCGAACUUGUCAAUUUUGAUAUGUUUUGAAAACAAAAAGAAAUUUUUGAGGAAAAUAGUCCGGACUAGUUAAAAAAAUUGAAAUAAAGCAAAAUAAUGGCAUUUGUAUAUCAAAGCGACCCUGAUCUGGAAGCGAAAGCAAAAAAAGCUGCAGAACGCAUAUCAGAGAACAUGCACAUAGUAGCCAAUGAGCCGUCAUUGGCAUUGUACAGAUUGCAGGAGCAUGUCAGGAAAGCACUGCCACCCAUGGUCGAGAGGAGAGUUGAGGUCACGAAGCUGCAGCAUGAACUGCAAGGAAGGUGUUAUGAUGUGGAGUAUGCUUUGAGUGCAGUGAAGUCAAUGGACGCAGCGGCCACAAGUUUCAACAACAUCCAGGAAAUGCUGAAGCAGUCAAUAUUUUUAAAACAACAGUUAAAGUAUGAGGAAGCACGGCGAAAUAAAAAAGAUACCAACUCUGUGUACAAACGUCUCUCUGCGCACAUAGUGCUCGACCUCCCGGACUUGUCCGACUUCUCCAUGAUCAGGGAAACUACCAACAGGUUAGAGAAUAUCAUGACACAAGCGCGAGGAUCCAACGCAGAGCUACACAGGUCUCAUACUACUCUGCAUUAGUAACUUUUGAGAUUAUCUAGAAGUCAUCAAAACAGCUAGACUAUUCUGAACGAUAUUUUAAUAACUCGCAAGAGCGAGUUUCGAAUCCACCUCUAUCUCUCUCUGUUUAACACGAUACUAUAGAAUGAGAAAGAUAGCGGUGAAUUCGAAAUUCGCACUUGCGAGUUAUACAAAACAUUGUUAGAGAAUAGCCGUGCUGGUGCCUGUAUUAACUUUCUGUAGCAAGCAACAUUUAAUAUCCGUUUUAGUCUAAAAAGUAUAGUUACUAGUUAAAUUUUAAACCUUAUUCACCCUAGAUCUGUAUUUCUGAAAAUUCAUUAAAAUCAGUUCAGGGGCUUAAGCGUGAAACAUUAAAGACAUGCAGACCUAUACUUUCAAGAAUUACCUAUACUUUCAUCAUAAGCAGAACCACAAAACUGAAGUAUGAUGAGUAUGAUUAUUUAAUAAUUGAGGGUAGAACUAAGAUAAAAUUUACACUUUUGCAGUGGCGCCUCAAAAGUGAUUUAUCUUUUUCAUACAGAAAUGAUUUCUAUAGGACACAGUGUGUGGGCAUUGUAAACUAUCAUUUGUCAUUGCUUUUGCAUUUCUUAUAGUUGGAUGCAAUCUUUAUGACUUUUCCGAACAUCGUCCGUUAAGCUGAGCAAUACAAGAUUUUAGGUAUCACCUGUUGCGUAGGGACACAGCGGGCAGGGCAUCACCCCGCGCGCAACUGAUAUUUUAUAAAUAUUUUCGAUGUGUGAGUUUAUCUCAUCCUCCUCAAAAAUAAACAGACAAUUUUGUUGGUGAAUUUGAAGUCAAGUCCAAUAGAAGGUAAUUGGACUGAGUAUCCACAUAUCAGUGAGGUGACCUCGGUCACCUCAUGAAUGACCUACGCGUAAAUACGGCUUGUUUCGGAGAUGUCACAAAGAUUGCGUCAGACUAUACUUACAGGACCUGUGAUAGCUAGACAUACCGCAUUUUAUAAUUUUUGGAAGUCUGUCAGCCUACCAUAGGUAAGUAUGGUAGUCAGCUAUAGAGCAUCGACUAUGGUGGCUUUGUAGGUUAGCAGGUUUCAAGGGUCUCUUAAGAUUUUCCUCAACACAAUCUGAAAAAGCAUGUCUCUUUAAAGGUCUUUAGCGACGAUUUUCCACGAAGCUAAGAUUCUAGCGACUGGAGACAUAAUUCCUCAUGAUAUCUUGUAGGAAAUAUCACAAAAUUACAGUUUACACUUGCACAAUUGAGGAUUUGGACCCUUGAAACCUGCAACCUUUCAAAGUCUAUGCCAGAAUUCCAUAAUUGGCUACCCUGCUUACUCGGACCUAUGGUAGAAGCAUAAGUUUACAAACUUGGUCUUCAUAAAAUGUGGUUUAUCUGAGUACCUACUGAUGUCACUGGGUGAAAUAAUAUUGGGCUAAGAUCAGGUAUAAGGAAUAUAUACUUACCCUCAUCCGUUAUUUAGUAGUGAUAAGAAAUAAAUGGUAGAUAAUACUCACAGUUACGUAUUGUAAAUAGGUUGCCUAGUUAAAUUGCGACUAGACACAUUUUUCAUACAAAAUCUAGGAAACCGUGAACUAAAAAUGCAACUUAAUAUAGUUAAAUUAAAAUAAGUUUUCAUUAACUUAAAAUUAAAAAAAAAAUACUACCCGACAGCAACUAACUAGGCAGCCUAUUUGCAAUGUGUCAAUAUGAUUUUUUUCUAUCAUUUAUUGAAAAAAAAAAAUACUAUCCGACAGCAACUAACUAGGCAGCCUAUUUGCAAUGUGUCAAUGUGAUUUUUCUCUAUCAUUUAUUUUGCAACUCAAACAAAUACUAGAUGACGGUAUAUAUUUCAUAAACCUGAUCUCAUACUACUCCGGAGAUCUCAUACUAUAGUCUGGCAAGUUAGUAGAUGACACUCCGAUGAUAUGCGGGUGACGGGGGGAAAAACUGCGCGGGUGUGAAAUCGUGCGUGCGGGGAAGUGACGUGCAUCAGUCGUGGGGUUUUCAUUCAUCGCUACACGCCCCCCGGCCUGCGCACAACAUCGAUAGUGUUACCAACGAAGUUUCCAAGCUAUAUAAUGUGUUAUCCGUCUUUCAUUCGCACGCAAUAUAUUGCUUGUCUUCAUUCACAAAAACACCAAUAUGAGUAAAUAUUAUGUGUAUUUCUAUAAUAAAUUAUUAUUACUAAUGUAACAAUGCUUAUUACUAACAAAAAUAAAUUCAAUUCUUGCGCAAUAACUUAAUAUGCUUUUAUUCAAUUGCCUCACUUAUUUGCCAUUACUAACUUAAAGGCUUUGCUAAAUUAUUAGGUACUAAGGUACAACGAUCUACUUGGAAAAAAUUCUUAAAUUAGACAUCCAUUUUCGAAACUUUAUAAAUGACUAUACUUUAUAAACGAUUAUAAAUGACUAGCGGGCGCCCGCGACUUCGUCGGCGUACAAAUCAAUGUGUACUUUCAACCCCUAUUGCACCACUAGGUGUUUAAUUCGUAUUUUUUUUAUAAUUUAUGAAUACAUUUUUAAAACUGUAACUCUAAGAAUGAAAGACUUUCCAAACAAACUUUCAACCCAUAUUUCACCUUCUUUUAUUUUAGGGUCAAAAAGUGCCCUAUCUUUUUCACCAAGGUCCCAUUUACCAUUAAACCAAAAUUCCGCUUGAUCAGCUUAGUCGCUUAGCUGUGAAAAGGUAACAGACAAACAGACUUUCUUUCGCAUUUAUAAUAUUAGUAUUCAUUUAGAACUAGGACAUGCACACGACGUUGUCCGCGAUAUUGUUGAUUAAUUCAUUGUAUGUAAAGUUUCGAAAAUGUCCGUCUAUUAGCUUAAUUGGCUUUUAUGGGUACAAUACAUUUACAUGACUAAUCCAUACAAUCUGGCAUGCACCAAUUGUCGAUCAGAGUAAGCAGUUGGAGGACAAAAUUAUAUUAAAAUAUGAAAUCAACAGAAAUAACUUCUUGAUCUGUUGUUAAGAACAUGAAAAAAUUAAAAAUGCUGAAGUUUUUAAAAAAAAUAUAUAAAAUUCUGCAUUGGCCCGAUCUGGAAAUCGAAUUUAUAAUAACCUUUUAAUUAUAAACUAGGCUACACUAAAUGUUGCCGCACACGGGUCACAUACGACACAAACGCCUCUACAAGAAGCAAGAAGUGACCACAAAAGUAGCUGAAGCGCGCGACAGCUACUUGUGACCGGUGGUCGACACUUGUGGCUGCUACUUUUUUAACCCAUACAAUAUACAUGCAGCGUUUUUUGUCGGCGUUUAGUGGCCGGUGCGGGCCACAAGAAGCGAGCAGCGACGAUUGUAGAAUUUUCGGUCACCGGCGUCAACCGUGUCCAUAUAAAAUGCAUGAAAACUACAGGAAAUAUGCCAGCAGCGGCGUUUUGUGGUGGCUCCUAUAGCUUAUACCACGCUGUUCCAGUGCUGGUGGGCUCAAUACACUACAACUUUUAUGCUUAUACUGACCUAAUAUCUGUUUAUCUAUUAAAUAUAACAGACCAAGGCAACUCUGUCAACUUUGUUAUAUGAAACCUUUGUUUAAAAGGCAUAAGUCUAUCCAACGCCUCCUUCUCUGGCACUGCUUUAGGUUUCCGUGGAUAGAGGUAUUUGCAACAGCAAGACUUUUCGUUUUCAGUGACGUUUUUGUGUCCAAUAUCAGACAUCAUGAUAGAGUUAU